GUAAUUCCAACGUAUCAGUUCAGCUCAGACAGCUAACGGAAUCAAUGUAAAAAUAUACAAUAAAAAAAUAAACCGAAUAAAAAAAAUAUAUCCGAUUCCCGCGCAACUCGUCGCCUCUAAUGUGUAGCCCAACUGACUUUUAUUUAAAUUGAAGCCUUAAAAUGGCAAAAGCCAUUACAAUUGUAAUUAGCUGUGCACUUGGCUGUGCCUUGGUAAUGCUGCUGAGUCGCAGCAAAGGAAAUAUGAAUGAAUCAUAUCAAUUGUUAAGAGCCACAACAACUGCGACAACAGCUCCAAUUUCUGGCUCUGAUUCUGGUUCCCAUGUGUCUGAAGAUGGGGAUGCAUCCAUUGAGCCUGCCGUAAAUUUAUCGCGUAAUCAUAUUUUGCUGCUGCAUCGUAAGAAGCGAUAUCUGUUGUUUCCCGAAGGCAGCUCGUUUCAGCUGGUCUUUGAUUUAAUCAUACCGAUUGUGGACUAUACGAACUUUGCCAUUCUUGGCAUCACCUGUGCUGUUGCCUGGGAACUGCCCAGCAAGCCACCCAGCGAGCUGUUGGACAACCUGCGCACCCGCCUAAAUGAUGGCACACUCGGCACUGUGAGACGCAACGACAGCAUCCAACAGCCGCCACAGCAGAAGCAAAAGAUGGAUCCAAUGGACAAUAGGGACUUCAUUCGAACCGCCACUAAUUGGCAGUCAAUGCAUGCGCCACCAUCAGCUGCAUCCACAUCGACAUAUGCAUCCAAUGCCCAUAGAUACUCGUACUAUACGAAUGUACAGAAUGGCGGCGGGGACACAUCCGUUUAUGCAAAUUCGCCUAAUGGAGAACAGGCAGCUGGGAGGCCGACUAAUUGGCAUGCGCGACAGUCAAUAGCAAAGUGGCGACAGUGGGCAGACAUAUCUUCUCCAGCUGUUUCAUCAACCACUCCAUCUCCAUCUGCCGACUGGUCAGACAAUUGGUGGCAGCGCAACAAAGCACGCGUUCAACAAAAUUGGCGUCAAAAGCAGCAAAAGUGGAAUUCCUACGAGCAGACAACCAGAAGCAGUUACAGUUACACGCAGCGUCCACGUCAGAUGUUACAGGAACCACCCAAGCACCACAUUUAUCCGGUAUUUGGCAAACGACGUCGCCGACGUCGCGACGAACUGCAGCAACUGAACGAUGACGUCAUCGAGCAAGUGCACCUGCGUCAACAUCUCAGCUCCCGUGGAGUGCUCUUCGGAAAGAUCGAACGUUUGUACAAGUCAAGACAACUAAAUGGCACCGCCUGUAUUCAGCGUGCACUCUGUGAGUCGGCACAGCGUCAAGAGAAUGUGGACAGACCACAGAGUUUUAUUAUGGAACUGCUAUCGGUCAUCUUUCAAUUGCCCGGCAGCAAUGAAGCCGGAGAAGCACUGAUAAACAUCCCAGCACAUUACCUGGAGGCACAUCGGGAACGUGGCAACUGUCGACAAUUAUUUGCCGAUUGCAGUCACACAUUUUGGCAUGAAUAAAACAAAAUAAAAAUUAUUAUACA